UGGAUCCAGGAAGCCAAAAUGUUGCGAAUUCAACGAAUCCGGAUCCUAAGCACUGCUUUAAAUCAUAAUCCCGUUCAUAAUUGGAACCCCUCACUUGUUCUGUUUAGAAACGAGAAACGAAAGAUAUUGAAUCCAAUGGUGCAGAGAAGUAAAAAUAUAAAGAAGUUUAAGGGACGAGGAGGAGAUGGGGACGGAGAUAGUAGUGAGGAGGAGGCGGAGAAGAGACGAGCAACCCAGCUGGUGUACGGGUCUAGUGGAGCAGUUGUAGAGAAAACAGAUCAGAAUGCUACAGCUAUACGACAGGUGGAUACAGAACUUGAGAAAGAUCAAAGGGCUAUUACAGAGCGGUCAGAGCAGGUUGCAACAGAGACAAAGGGUCAAGAGGACGACAAGAUCUACCGAGGGAUAAACAACUACGCAAAGUAUAUUGACAAGAAGGAAUCAUUGAUCGGGAAAAGAAUGACGAUUAAACCUAUAAGAGCUCCGACCAACGUGAGAUCAACCGUGAGAUGGGAUUAUGAACCCAUGUUGUGUAAGGAUUACAAGGAGACCGGAUACUGUGGGUUCGGGGACACUUGUAAGUUUAUGCACGACAGGUCUGACUACAAGCACGGGUGGCAGAUGGACAAGGAGUUCGAGGCUGGAGACUUUGAAGAGUCGGACGAUGAAAAAUACGCAAUUUCGGACGAAGACGAUUUGCCACAUAAAUGCGGGAUUUGUCGGGGUCAAUUUACCAAUCCGGUGUCAACACGGUGCAAGCACUACUUCUGCGAGGCGUGUGCGCUUGCGCAUUACAGAAAGUCCCAACGAUGUGCGCUUUGCGGUCAACAAACUAACGGAAUGUUUAACCCUGCUAAAGACUUAGUUGAAAG